GGUAGUGAAAGGGAGAAAAAGGAGGGCAGACUCUCCGCGUGUGUGUGUGUGUGUGUUAGGAAGGCAAGCGGCUGCUCAUUGCUUUCACAUGGCAUGAGGAGAGCUGAACAGGCUGCAGCACAGGAGUAAUGCUGAGCGACUGAGGUUUAGAAAAACGGGAUCAAGUGAUCAGGGGAUGCUGCGCUUUUUUCUGGAGUUCAUUUUGACCUCAAGGACAAUCGUAUAGAUCCAUGAAGGACAGUAACUCGAGCCUGAUGUCUGGAAUGGACGCCAAUCAGAGUGUAAAGUGUAAGAUAGUAGUGAUUGGGGACAGUCAGUGCGGCAAAACUGCACUGCUUCAUGUCUUCGCCAAAGACUGCUUUCCAGAGAAUUAUGUCCCGACAGUAUUUGAGAACUAUACAGCCAGCUUUGAGAUUGAUUCACAAAGGAUCGAGCUCAGUUUGUGGGACACAUCAGGAUCUCCAUACUACGACAACGUCCGUCCACUGUCCUACCCUGACUCGGACGCCGUCCUCGUCUGUUUUGACAUCAGCCGACCAGAAACCUUGGACAGCGUGUUAAAAAAGUGGAAAGGCGAGAUCCAAGAAUUUUGCCCCAAUACCAAGAUGCUGUUAGUGGGAUGCAAGUCAGACCUGCGCACAGAUCUCAGCACCUUGGUGGAACUUUCGAAUCACAGGCAAACACCUGUAUCAUAUGAUCAGGGAUCAAACAUGGCCAAGCAGAUCUCGGCUCCCUACAUCGAGUGUUCGGCUCUGCAGUCUGAGAACAGCGUGAGGGACAUCUUCCAUGUCGCCACCUUAGCCUGUGUCAACAAGAACAACAAGAACGUGAAACGUCAGAAGUCCUCCAGAGCCACAAAGAGGACCUCGCACAUGCCCAGUAGACCCUAUCUGGAGUCAGUAACCUCGGACAUGCGUAAAGAUAAAGCCAAGAGCUGCACAGUUAUGUGAAAGAUUUGGAGAACAUGGAUGGGUGUCAAGGCGCUGGCAAAGAGAAGGCAAAAGGUAUCGGUGCAACUACUCAAAUGAAGCAGCGAAGGAUACAGGAUGAUAUCUUUGCACUUUAUGUCCUUCUGUGUCUGUCCAUUCUGCCCCACCUGAAAUAAGCUAACCAAAAACAAACGUGCAAGAGCACCAGAAAAGCACCAGGUGAUGGAAUGACAUCCAUGCUAAUACAAAAAAAGGUUUUGGAAGGAAGUUCUGAAAUAGUCUACAUGGAGAACUGCUGAAGGACUUGAUUUAUGGGACAUAUUUGAAAUGCAGGUCAAGGAACUUUAUAGUGGAUGCUGAUUGUGUUUGCAUUUUUUUUUUACUUUUAAAAAAAGGAACGGAGAUGUUUGAAGGUAAGCCACAUUCACACAGCUAAUGAGCUGUUGUGGAAUUUUCCCACAGAAGACAAAAACAAGGCACUUAACAGAGUAAAUGAUGUGACAAACACUGUGGAUAAACCUGGCUCCUUUUUCCCCCCAUCUUCUUGCCUUGAUGAUUUAUCCAGAUGAGAAUUGGAUGUGUGUCUGUCAAAGUCUGUAGGUCUGGAGACAUCAGGAAUCUUCCUGAGCUUUCCAGCAGUUCUGUCUUUGUGGUGAUGCUAACCUCAGAACAUUAGUGCUUGUGUUUCUCUUCUUUCUUUUUAGAAAAAAAAAAAAAAGCCAAAGAAGUGUCAAAGUCAAGCUUGUGUGUUAUAGUGCCAGGGUUUCCUGUUUAGACUGUUAUGCUUUAUGUGCAGUCUUAAGUGUUUGAUAUAUUGUUGGUGAUAGUUCUGGCUUGGCUUGAUGAGCAUAUCUCCAUGAGUGACUGGGUCUUGUGGAACCAACAUUAGUACUGUGUCCAACUCCAGUGCCUCCCUGUUUUUGUGUGUUGAUGUACCCAAGCUUUUCAUGGCCUGGGUUUUUAAGUAUUGCCUGAGAGCCUUUUAAUACCUCUGCCUAAUCCAUCAGCAUUUGGAAUUUCCUGUAAGAGAAUCGUCUCAGCUAUGCAAUAUGCUGACUUUGGCCCAUUUUGGCAGUUUAAAAAAUGUCUGGCCUGGAGAAAUCUGUAUAUCCUCUUUGAAGAAACCUACUAGACUUUUCCUUUUUUUUUACAUGCUCUGUUUGAUCUGCUGAGGUAAAAAUUUCUCUGUAGUGUCAGGGGAAUGGAAUAUUCAAGUACAUCCUUAGUCCACAUUAAAAGCAAUGCUCAUACAGCCUCAAGCACCAGUAGACCCAGUAUCAAACUGGAACACAACCUAGCUACGGGAUUAUUUCCCAAUGUAUUGGUCACUACCUUAAACCUUCCUCUAGACAGGUGCCUCACAGUCCUCCCAGGCAUUCUUAUUCAGCUUGCAGGUUUAUGCCAUGAUUUCCAAUAUCCAGUGUUAGCUGUAGCGUGUCAGCCUUUUAAAUUUUGAAUGUUGGAAUCCAUUUGUAUGUCUCUAUGAUAUGUUUCUGCAAUAUUUAUUAAUUUUUUUAAUAAAAUGCAGUGUAUAGUAUGA